AUGCCAGCACCUCAAACAGAAAAGCAGGUGAGGGGAUUCCUUGGACGUUUGAACUACAUUUCGAGGUUCAUAUCUCAUAUGACUGCUACUUGUGCUCCCAUUUUUAAGCUCCUCCGAAAGGAUCAGGGUUGUGUUUGGACGGAUGAUUGUCAAAAAGCCUUCGACAGUAUCAAAGAGUAUUUGCUAGAACCUCCUAUCUUGUCCCAUCCAGUUGAGGGAAAACCAUUGAUUAUGUAUCUGACUGUACUAGAAGAAUCUAUGGGCUGUGUCUUGGGUCAACAGGAUGAAACAGGAAGAAAAGAGUAUGCCAUCUAUUAUUUGAGCAAGAAAUUCACUGAAUGCGAGUCCCGAUAUUCCAUGCUAGAGAAAACUUAUUGUGCUCUGGCUUGGGCUGCCAAGCGUCUCCAUGCUCUUGUCCAAAUAUGCAUUGAGUAUCACACCCUGAAAGCUAUCAAAGGAAGUGUCUUGGCCGAUCAUUUAACUCAUCAGCCAAUCGACGAUUAUGAGUCUAUAAAUUUUGAAUUUCCAGAUGAAGAUGUGAUGUACUUAAAAGCCAAAGAUUGCAAUGAACCACUUCCAAAUGAAGGGUCAGAGCCAGAUUCUCAAUGGGGUUUAAUAUUUGAUGGAGCGGUUAAUGCUUAUGGUAAUGGUAUUGGGGUAAUAAUCAUCACUCCUCAUGGCUCACAUAUCCCUUUUACUGCAAGAUUAACAUUCAAGUUCACGAACAACAUGGCGGAUUACGAAGCAUGCAUCAUGGGUAUAGAAGAAGCCAUUGAUCUUAGAAUAAAAAAUCUCGAUGUUUAUGGAGACUCAGCUCUAGUUGUCAAUCAAAUUAAAGGAAAAUGGGAAACUCGUCAACCCGGCCUAAUCCCAUACAAAGACUAUGCAAAGAGGUUAUCUACUUUCUUCAACAAUAUUGAAUUUCAUCACAUCCCUCGUGAGGAAAAUCAGAUGGCAUAUGCCUUGGCAACUUUGGUUUCCAUGAUCAUUGUGAAUCGUUGGAAUGAUGUGCCUAAGAUCGAUGUUAUGCGUCUUGAUAGACCUGCUCAUGCGGUCAUCUCUACCUUUGAGAAACCUGUUGUGAAAGCUAGAACGUUAUUUGAACAGAUUGUCAUCUCUACCUUUGAGAAACCUGUUGCGAAGAUGUUUCUUCAGUUGAAGUCAUGA